CUCUCCAUUAUGAUCUAUCAUGCUUGGAAGACAUUGGGCAUACCCUUCUCAGUCCGCUGGAUCAAGCAAUCCUCAAAACACUCAACCUAGUACGACCUACAGUCUCUGCAGCAACUCUUGCUUUUACUCAAGACGUGCUAAAUGUAGCCAGCAUGAGACUCGAGGAGGCAAUAAUCCUUUUUCAGGCACGGGAGAAAGAUGCUUCUCGCAUUUACUUUCCUCUCCAAAUUAUCCCGGACGUGCAGCAUCCACGAACCCACCCCCCCCCCCCCCCCCCCCCCCCACACACACACACACACACGCUCGGCCAAAUCCUAUCCUAUCUACACAAUAUCCAGGCAUCAUCCCGAGCAUCGUGCUCUCAUCUAAUCUCCUCGUUCGCUGUCGCCAUGCCAUCACCGUGAUCAUGGACACGGCAUGUCGUUGCCACGGUUGUGACUAUGGCCUGUUGCAUACUCCCUAUCCUAUUUGUCGACAAUCACAGUUAUGCCUCGUCCACGGUCAUCAUGACAUCCCUUGUUCCCGUAAUCGUCAUCUUCGCAAAAACUCCUCUUGACGCUCACCCCGCGUCACUGAAAUAUUCUCGAACGUCCAGCGGUUCCCAUUCCAGUUUUGUAUACUCAGUGCUGGAUGUAACUACUGCACCAAAGAUAUGAUCCCGUGUAUAUUUUCCUCGUCUCGCUUGAUCUGUACCUACGUCUUUACUAUGCGUUUUCGUUCUUAUAGAACUACAAAUGCAGACCGGAGGUUUCAGCGAUCGGCCGGGCAGAAGUCAGUCGCGCG